AAGGUAGCAAGGAAAGGGAGAGGAGGAAGAGAAAUAGAGAAGAGGAAAGAAUAGACACUCGAGCAAGAAAGUGUGUCAAAGAGCUAGAAUGAAAGAGGAAAGAGUAGCAAGAGAUAUGCCGGCAGGUUGCUCGCAGGGAAAAAAGGUUGCCUAGACCGUAGUCCUUGCCUCGGUUAGGUCUUAAGUAGAUGGGCUUUUCGGACACCAAGAUUAGGAUGAGACCCUCUUCAUCUGGUCGAUAAACUCUGCUGUCAUCCUGUUUGAGCAAGGUGUGGUCGGCGUCCACCUCUCUAUCAUGGCCACGGAUGUGUUCACGGUCAGAUAAAGUAGGUUAGGUGUAGCAGAAGACGGAACGGUCGUCAAGUAGAGUCAAGGACCAAGACCAAGGAGUCGUGCCGACGCGUUAUCGUCAUCGCCAGUUAUUCCUCGCGUCGUGGCACGCCCCAGCUCGCCAAAAUGGACAGGGAGUCCAAAUUUUUACUUCGCAAAAUAAUUACUGACGUGGCUGUUCUAUUGACAAUUGGCAUCCCAAUCUUAAUGUUUUUCUUGUUUGGAAAGCCAUAUUCAAGAGGCUUUUACUGCAACGAUGAGUCAAUUAUGCACCCGUUCAAGGAAUCAACUGUUUCAAACCUCAUGCUGUACAUAGUCGGAAUGUUCCUCCCUAUCGCUGUGAUAAUUCUGACUGAGCUGUACAUUCAUCACUAUAUAACUCGUAGACGCACAGCUUAUAAAUUUAUGGGACACUCCAUACCAUCUUGGUUGUCGAAUUCUUACAAAGUUAUUGGUGUGUUUGGCUUUGGAGCAGCAACCUCCCAGCUCACCACAGACAUUGCAAAAUAUACUAUUGGACGGCUUCGGCCUCAUUUUAUAAGUGUUUGUGUACCAAAUAUCAAUUGCACCCUGCCAGAAAAUCAACACAAGUACUUUGAAACAUUCGAAUGCACAAGUGGUGCAGGAGCUCGGAAGUUAAAAGAAGCUAGGCUUUCAUUUCCAUCGGGCCAUUCAUCUUUCUCUGCCUACACAAUGUUGUUUCUUGUUUGCUACCUACAGUCGCGCAUGACAUUCAAAGGUUCGAAAUUAUUAAGACAUGGCAUUCAGUAUGUCUGCUUGAUGUUGUCUUGGUCUACUGCCAUGUCAAGAAUUUCAAACUACAAGCAUCAUUGGAGUGAUGUUCUGUCUGGUCUUCUCAUCGGUGUCAUUGUAGCGAUCCUCACUGUGGUAUAUGUCUCUGAUUUAUUUCCUCGGAAAUAUUUCAAAGAAGAGUCAGAACCCUUGAACCGUGUUUCACCAUCUAACAGCCGGAAAAGAGACCAGCACCCUUCUUAUCAAAGUACCCAAGAUCAUCAACUUAUUGUUCCAAUGCACACCGUAGUUGAUGGCAAUAAUUUUGGUCAGAGAGAACAUCGAUCCACUUCACCAAGCCUUGAGCCAAUUAACAGGAACGUGUCGAACCCAGCUUGACUCCACUAUUAAUACUCUUGGUGGGAAAAUCUUAGAGCAGCUCAGGACAGUUAAUCAAUAUGUACUAUGUCUGUGAAUGUUUUUGCAGUACCUUGUGAAGGUCUGUUUGAUGAUUUUAGGUUUACUAAACUUGAUUGCACAAUUUAAAUUAGAAGUCAGUCAAACUUCGUGUUUUUUAGUUGUGUAGUAUUUUUGAAUUCGAAAAGUCUUUCUUCCAAGUCCUAAAUUGUUUAAAUUAAAACAUCAGUCUGUGUCUCUUCUUGUGGCUCUUUAGAACCUCUUGUAAUUAGAAGUUUUACUUAACAAUAUGUGAUGUAUUUAACUUUUCUUCCAUGAGGCUUCCAUUUUCUUUAUUUUAAUUCUACAAAUGUUUUUUUGUUGUUGUUUUUAAACAAACUCAUAUUCCAUGUUUUAUGUCUAUUCUUUUUGUUUUUCUGUUGUUUUUCUCUUUUCAGUUACAAUAUUUGUUUUUGUUAAAUGCAAGAUUUAAAAACUUUGCCCUAGUUUUAUAGUAACUGAGUAGGCCGCUUAGUGGUUUUAAAAAUGUUUGCAUAUCAAACCUUUGCAUGUGUGUUUAUCUAAAUAAUAAUAAAUAAGCUCACUAACUUAGCUGACUGUUAAAAGACAUUUAUGUUUUUCUUGUGUAGGCUUCUGUCCUAAACUAAUUGUGAUAUUACAAAAAUAACAUGUUUUGUUGGUCUCAACUUUGGGAAGUGACAAUGAGAUGGUGAUGUUUCAUUUUCUGAGUCACAGAUACUGAUGUAAUGGUCUGCAGUGACUGCCACACUCACCCUUUGAUGGGUAAGGACUCUGUUUGUGUGCUCCUCUUGCUUUGUACUACAAGCACAAAUUUUUUGAAUGUUGUUGCUAUAUUGUGUUAAUUAGUGGUGUAUUUAAUUUUACUUCUUGUCAAUUAAAAUUUAAGUUUGUUGUCUUUUAAGUUUGAGUUUGCUCCAUGGUCGCUUGGGAGCAUCCUUCUAGCUU